AUGGCUGAUCUGAAACCACCGUUCACACAAGAAACCGCAAACAGAAAAGUCAAGUUUGCCCAAGAUCUCUGGAAUACAAAGGAUCACAACGUAGUAUACAAAGGUUACACCGAGGAUUGCAUCUGGCGUAACCGAGACCAUUUUUUCAUCGGACACGACAAGAUCAAAGAGUUUCUCCAAAACAAGUGGCAAAAGGAACACGAUUAUCGCCUACGAAAAGAGUUAUUUGCGUUCACUGAUAAUAGGAUUGCCGUGCAGUUCUGGUACGAGUUUCAUGAUGAUCAAGGCCAGUGGUGGCGAUGCUAUGGCCUCGAGGACUGGACAUUCAAUGAGCAAGGAAAAAUGCGAAAGCGCCAGAUGAGUGGGAACAAUGUCAAGAUUUCCGAGGAGGAAAGAUGGUUUAAGGAUAACGUGGAUGUGAAUACGGUUGACAUAUCAGAGAAACAUUGGUGGUAA